AACAUAUUGCUUUCCACAACAAAACACUUAACAAUUUGUGAUAAAGAGGGGGUUGUCUAAACUCUCAGCACUCAAACACAAGACAUAAUCGUUGUAAGGCAGGCAGGACGAUUAUAAUGUCAGGUGAUAAGUACUCCAUUCAUCUCCUCCUAGUUUUAUUUCUGGCACUUGUCUUCCUCCUUCAGAAAUCCACAAAAGCUGACGUUUUAGUUCAAUGCAAAGAGAGUGAGAGGCAAGCACUGCUCGACUUUAAGCAAAGCCUUGCAGCUGAAUCGGUCAUGGAUUUCGGUAUCUCUUCGUGGGGAAGUGAGAAUGACGAAAGAGAUUGCUGUACAUGGAUUGGUGUUGAGUGCUGCAACAAUACCGGCCAUGUCAUAAAGCUCGAUCUGUCUUACCUCAUUGGGUCUGUAAAAGAGAUUUCGGAUUCCAUUCCAAGUUGGUUUUGGAACGUAUUUUCAUUUGGCACGCGCAGCGUAAAUCUGUCUUUCAACCAGAUCAGCGGUACUUUGCCGAAUAACAGGAUUGCUAUCCUUUUUCUUGACUUAAGCUCUAAUAAUUUAACAGGUCCAUUGCCACAAAUGACAAAUUUGUUGGUUACCUUGAACCUUUCCAAAAAUAAAUUUUCUGGUUCAAUCAAUUCAAUUUGCCACAUUCCUGCUAGAGUAUUGAACUUGCUUGAUCUCUCAAAUAACCUAUUUUCUGGAGUGGUUCCCGAUUGCUUGGCAAGAUGGCAGGACUCACUUAAAGCUUUGAAUUUGGCUGAGAACAAUUUGUCAGGCUCAAUUCCAAGAUCGAUUGGAUCACUUAUUAGUCUUCAAAUGCUCAGUUUACGCAGCAAUAGCUUCUCAGGACCAUUUCCUUCAUCCUUAGGGAAUUGUUGGGGCUUGAAAUUUUUGGACUUCAGUGAUAACAAAUUAUCAGGAAAUAUACCUGAGUGGAUGGGGGAAAGUUUCUCAUCAUUGAUUUUUCUAAGCCUCCAAACCAAUAAAUUUAAUGGAACGAUACCUCAUCAAAUUUGUGGCUUGAAUAAUAUUCAAAUCUUGGAUCUCUCUGUAAACAAAUUAUCUGGUACCCUACCACGAUGUCUCAAUAAAUUCACUUCUAUGGCUCAAGACAUGAACUUAAGCAGAACAAUUGAGCAUUCCAUUUCAAGAAAAUUGGAUCCUAAUUCAGUUUUUAUUGAUGUCAACUAUGUUGAUGAGGCACUGUUUACAUGGAAAGGAAAGAAGCAAAAGUAUGCAAAAAUUCUUGGACUAUUAUUAGCCAUUGAUCUUUCAAAUAAUAGAUUAACAGGAGAGAUUCCUAAAGAACUAACUAGUCUCCGACAAUUGGUUGCAUUGAAUUUAUCAAGAAAUUUUUUGAGUGGCAAAAUCCCUGGGAAGAUUGGGCAAUUGAGACAAUUACAAGCUCUUGAUUUGUCAAGAAACAAUUUUUCUGGAGGCAUCCCAUCAAGCUUGUCUGAGUUAACAUUUUUGUCUACCUUGGACUUAUCCUAUAAUUAUUUAUCGGGAAAAAUUCCAACAGGAACUCAGAUACAACUCUUUGAUCCUUCAACAUUUUCCCAUAAUCACGGACUUUGUGGACCUCCAGUUACACCAAAUUGCUCAGGAUCAGCGGAAACACCUCAAGGUCAACCAAGAAGAGGUCAGGAUGAUUUUGAUGAAUUCAGAAAAUGGUUUUAUGCUGGGAUGGGACUUGGUUUUAUCGUGGGUUUUUGGGGUAUUUGUGGUGCCUUAUUGUUCAAGCGUUCCUGGAGGCACUCCUACUUCCGUUUCUUGGACAACAUGAAAGACUGGCUGUACGUUAGAUUUGUUUUACAGAAGGCAAGGUUGGAGAGGAGAAUUCGAACCUGAGAGGUACCAGUCUUUCAAUAAGUUCAGGAAGGUGUAGCUGGGACUACAACUGAAGGUGAUUUUUCAGGCCUCCGGGACUACAACUGAAAUGUGUGUAACUGUCUGAAGGUGUGGCUUAUUUCGCUAUUUGUAAGAUGCCAAUAGAAGGGUUCAUAGUUCCUUUUAGUUUGAUCCCUGUACAAAUGGUGUCAAUCUCUGUUUGCAAAUACUCAAGCCUAGGCCUAUAUGAUUUUCUACGUAUUAGUGUAAUGAUUUUCUUUUGAUCUUGUUUGAUUUUCUCACACAUUGCUCCUGUGUAUUUGUUACUUUACAUGUAUUUCUUUCUUUUGCAGUGAUUUGCCUUAGUAGAAACUGUAUACAUUUAUUUUGGACUAAGCUUUCUA